AUGGCCUUCGCCAACUGUGGUACUUUCAUCCUCGCGCACACCAGCCGAAGAGAGGAGCUUCCCCGGACGAAGUUGCCCCCUCAGGACAAGGUUGCAGAGUUGCUGGCUCCAGGUAUCGAGGAGCCGAGGCAUGCGAAACCACGGCGGCCUCAGAUCAGCACCUUCGAGGAGGCUUAUCCCGGCUUGAUUCCUGGCCGGGAAAGCGGGGGCUUGAGGGCCAUGCAGGCCCAGGUCACCCAAGGCCGACGAAGCGCACGGCCCGCAGAGGUGGGAUGGGCUGAAGACUGUGGAUCGGUGCUUCUUUGUGCCUUCUUGUGCCUUUCUGCGGUUGUCUCCCCAUCGAAGCUGCGGUUUGCGGCCAUGGAGCGCCGAGAGCGGCGCUGGGCGCCGCGAGCGUCCCUGGCACUGGGACUAGUGGCCGCUGGUGGCGGCUGGAGCCUCCGCGCCUUGGGCGCCUUCCUCGGUCCCGUUGGCCCGAGUCCCCGGGCAGCUCGGGAAGUCGGACUCCGCUUCAACGACGGGGACAAGGACCUGUUGGCGGCACAGUCCUUGGAGAUUUCCGACUACGAUGCGCUGCCCAGGAAGUUCGACCGCGGAGUUCUCCUGGACUUCUUCAGCUCGAGGCCGGCCGAGAUCGCCUGGCGCUGGUCGGAGAUCUUGGGUGAGCUCUGGCCGGCCUGGAACCUCUGGCAUUCGGAGGAGUCCUUGCCAGCCGGCCAGCGAACGCGCGGCGCCGUUCUGCGGACCGCCUUGUCGAAGCUGGGCCCCAUCUUUGUCAAGAUUGGCCAGACACUCUCGGAGCGACCGGACCUCAUCGGUGAGGAGGCCUGCGAAGAGCUGAAGCUGCUGCAGCAGGAGAACGAGCCCUUCAGUACAGACGUGGCUUUCGCCAUGAUCUUGGAGGACUUGGGCCACAAAGGGCCCUUGUCACCUGGCGGAUACACGAGCAAAGACGGUGAUCCUACAGCCGCGCCCUUGCUGGCCGAGAUCUCCCCGGAUCCGGUGGCUGCAGCAUCGCUUGGCCAAGUCUACUACGCCAAGACGUUGGAUGGUCGUGAGGUUGCCAUCAAAGUGCAGCGGCCAGGAAGCUUGCGCCAGGUCGCCCUGGAUUGGACGUGUUGGGCUUUGGGUUUGAUGCUGAUGGACUUCUACUGGGGCGGUCAAGGUGACGAGUAUCCCAAGAUUGCGGACGAAGUUGCGCAAGGCGUCUUCAAAGAGUUGGACUAUCACAACGAAGCCCGAAACGCAGCGAUCUUCCUCAAGAAGCACAAAUUCCUGCCUUUCGUCACGGCUCCGGAAUGGGUGCCCGAGCUAACCGGACCAGAGGGGACAGCCAGGGUCCUGACACUCUCUUGGAUCCACGGCCGCAAGCUGCAAGAGAUCGAAUCAAAGGAGGAGAGAAUGCAGAUGGUGGACAUGGCAGUAGAGGCUUGUGUCUCGUCUUUGGUCUUCACCGGCUUCGUCCACGCAGAUCCGCAUGCUGGCAACAUGCUGCUGACGGCGGAUGGUCGUCUGGCUUUCCUGGACUUCGGUCUCAUGGGAACCGUGGAGCCCCGCAUCAUGGAGGGCUUCGCGGCGGGGAUCCAGCACCUGCUGGCCGAGCGCUGGCUGCCGCUGGCGAAGGUCAUGCAAGACGUGGGCUUCAUGGCCGUGGGCGAGGAGGGCGGCUUCAAGAAGGUCGUGGACCCCAGCGCCCGGGUCUUCGAGUACACGAGCUGCCCCGACGAGGAGUUCGCGGCGGCCCUGGAAGCGCAGAUGAAAGCGGAGGAGGGCGGCCUGAGCCGCUUCGGCGCUCUCGCGGGAGCCCUCACAAAGCUCUCAGACAGAUAUCACAUGACCAUGCCAGGUUACAUCAUCCUCUUCAUCCGCACGUUCUUGACUUUGGAAGGGAUCGCCGGGGUGGUGAAGCCCGACUUCAAUAUCUAUGAAGCAUCCCUGCCCUAUGCGCUACAGCGGGCGCUUUCGCCCAAGACGGAGGAAGCUGUGGCAGCGCUACGAGAGACCUGGGUGACGGACACCGGUGCCCCUCGCUGGGACACGUUGAAUGCCUUGGCCCAAAGCCUGUCGGAGCCGGACAGACAGAGUCAAGGCGGUCCCGAGUCCGGCCCACAAAACAGCUCUCCGAGCUCUCCAAGCUACGGCGAGGUGCUUCGUCGUGUCUUGCAGUCGCCGGAGGGCCGAGCUCUGCGGCGGAUUUUGGUGGACCUGGACUUCCGACAGCUGCUCCUGGGCUUAGCCGGCCCGCAAGGAGCCCAGGUCCGCUCCGCAGCCUCGCAGGCCCUGGCCGCCCGGCUCUUCCAAAAAGAGGCCAAAGAGGCGACGAAUUCGUCGCCGCAGGCGGCCCAGGCCAAGAAGCCGUCUCCGCUCCCAGAGAGCGGAGACGGCGUUUCAGCGGCGUUUCAGCGGCAGCAGGAGAGGAGAGCCACGAAAGCCUUGCGGGUGAUCCGCGGUCUGCAGCUUCGGCGCUUGCGUCGGCCCCUCCCUGCCUUGAUGGCCGCUGUCGCUUUCCUGGGCUUGACUUGCAAAGUCUCCUUUUCAGCGUUCAGCGAAGUCCAGGCAGGGAAGGCACAUUUAAAGGACCUGCUCGCCUCUCUUCGCGUCGCCGCGCCAACUCCGGCUCCAGACUCCACUGGUCAGCCACUGAGAGAACGGUGGUGCAGGAACCUGCGGAGGCAACAGCUGCAGAAAGAAUCUGUUCCCCAGGAGGCUUUGGUAGCAGCUUCAAGGUCCGAGUGGCAGCGCCAGCGCCGGAGCCGCGAGGAUCAAGAAAUGCGAAACUCCAACAACAAGGACCUGCCUCUGAAGGCGAAGAGCUCAAGCCGCGGUGUGUUUCACACCCACAAAAGCCGGGAAAUGCUUCAGGUAUCGAGAGCUGCUCAGGGUUACUGUGAGCAGGAUCGCGAAGUGGGGUGUCGUGGAGCCGAGCAGCUGCCAUGGGCGGGCGGGCCCAGCGGAAAGGGCAAAGGAGUGAAAGGCGCUGGUACAUGUAAAGGACGGAUGCCGAAAAGUGCGGCGGCAGACAUGGGCUCGGAGGUGUCGGCGGUGACUUGCGAGGACUUGCCUGGAGGAGAGCCUGCGGACGUCUUCGAGAUGCGCGUCAGAUAUUUGCUGAGUGGAGCGUGGGGACUGUCUGCUCUGCAUCUGCAGUUCGAGCUGCUGUGCUGGGCUCCUCGCAAGCGCAGGGAAACGGCAAAGCGAAAGCCUUUCACAGCACAGCGGCGUGAUGGAGACGUGCAGUCGCAAAUCAAGCUCUGCAGUUUUAGCAGAAGCAGCUGUGAGCUGGCCUGCGCUCUGUGCGGGCACUGCGACGGCGACGGCCUCCGUGAUCCCCGCAGGCCUGCGGCCAGCAAAGUGCAUUGGGGACAGCCGAGGGCUCAGACCGAGUGGCGAUUCAUGAACAUGGCCCGAUUCCCCCUUGCAAAGCCGCACGUUCGCGGCCAGGAAUUCAAGAAAACACUCCGAGCCUUUGCAGCACCGUGUCUGCUGCGCAUCGCAGGGAAGGCUCUGCUCGUGCAGGAUGUUCCAGAUCCCAUUUGGACCACGCUCGGCAAUGCUCCGUGGUUAGAGCGAGUGCGGAACCGUCCUCCGCGUCCGCAGGAUGAGUCUCCAUGGCUUUACGAAGAUGACGACUCGCACCCGCUCCGCCAGAAGCUCACCUUGGCCACCGUGCGCCCUUGUGGUCAAAGGCGCUUGGAGCUGGAAGAGUGGAUGUUGGGUGGUUCUUCCAGCUCGUAG